AUGGCGGUCGCAGAGACGUGGGAAGAUCUUCUUGAUGAGCUCGAAGAGCCAACUCCUGCUGCUUCCCCCGCAGCAGCCGCAGCAAAACCAGCAGCAGCAGGAAAAAAGGCUGGAGCAGCAACACCCAAGGGGUUUGCUGCUGAAAACACUCCCCUCAGCGACCCCAUUUCUGAACGCCUCAGGAGACAAAAGCUGGUUGAAGAAAAUGAAAAGAGGCUGAUGGAUGAUCUUUUUGCUGACUGCGACCAGCCAGACGGAACAGCAGCAGCAGCAGCAGCAACAGCAGCAGCAGCAGCAGCAGAAAGCAAACAGCGAGCAGCACUGGCAGCAAAGGCAGCAAAGACCCUCGCAAGUUAG